CCGGUCUCUGUCUUUUUUGCAGAUCAGGGACCGUAAACGGGACAACAAGUUAGUUGCUGGGGUCCAUUUCAAGGUCCACAGACAGAGCCCGCACGCGCGAGGAGGAAAAGGGGACCUGAGCGGCGACAGCGAAGAGCACGACCCGUCUGCUGCGCUGUGGUAUCCAGAGAGGACUCGACGAGAGUAUAUCACGCGCUGCAUCGAGAUCUUCACCAAGCUGCACAUGAAGCUCAUGCAGAAGCCGCAUGUGUAUGCGUUUGUCAGGUUCGUCUUACCCGAGUACCGCCAACUGGGUCUGGCAGCUAUGCUCUUGGCUGAGGUCUGUCGACGAGCAGACGAAUUGGGGCUGGAAUCUCGGUUCGAAGCGGUUAUCGCAUUAGGGGUGACAAUCUACAGACGCCAUGGUUGCAUCCCCUAUAGCGGCGGUCUGCUGGUUUAGCCUGCCGCGACAGAAGUGGAGGCUCAGGAUGUAGAUUAGAAGGAUAUCGAGGCCAAAAUGCAGCCUCUGCGAUACU